AUGCGUGGGGCAGGCCAUAACUUCGGAGUUGUCACGAGUUUCGAAAUGAAAAUCUAUCCGGCUACGGUGCUGACAUAUUAUUAUCGAAGCUACAUCUUUACCGGAGAUGUUUUAGAAGACUUAUUUGAGAAACUCAACGCAUUUCACGGCAAUGGGACUUUGACCAACCAGAUGGUUGGUUCUUUUGGUGUGUACGCCAUAAACCCGGAUGUGGGCAACGAGAGCGCUGCGAUCACUUGGAUCUUUGUUUACGCAGGUGAUCAGACGAGCGCCGAACCGUUGCUCGAAAACUUUGACCUUCUCAAGGCUGUGACCAAGGAAGAAGGAAAUGUCCCCUGUACUUCCGUCUCAGACGUUUUGUUCAGUGGCCUGGAUUCUCCUUUAUGUUCCCCGAAUCAAACUCAUAUUAUUGGAACUGCCGGUCUUCAAGUCUACAACAUCACAACACAGCGUCAGCUUUACCAAUUGUUCGACGAAAAGGUCUCCGAGCAGCCAGGACUGAAUAAUGCCAGGCUGGUUCACGAAGGCUAUACAGUGGAGGCUGCUACUAAACGGGUACACAGGUACUUCGACGUUAGCCCAGAGCCAGGUUCUGGACUGGAGGGGUUUGCCCAGGAGUGGGCUCGAGAUACAAUAGAUCUAUGGAACGCUGGUCAGCCAUCCAGGAAGCCGACGACGUAUGUCAAUUAUGCGGCUGGGCACGAGCCUAUAGAGUCCAUGUAUGGAUAUGAGCCUUGGAGGCUGGAGAGAUUACGUGCUCUCAAAGCUCAGUAUGAUCCGCUCAACAAGUUUGCUUACUACAACCCCAUCAUCCCGCCGGCAGCGAAACAAUAUAGGAGCGAUUUUGCAGCCACUGUUGAUCAAAUUACAGUCCAAGGGUAGAUACGAUUGCAAUUUUCAGACUCAAAAGUAGGAGAGUUUUCAUGAUUCGCACAUGAGCACAAAGUAAAUAGCGCUUAAGAUAGGUAUUAUUAGAUAAUCUCG